AUGAAGAGCUCUGCUUCUGCCGCGACUGGAGGGACUUCUCGUGACACGACACAAAACAAACGAAUGAUGAAGAAGCCGAAAGCUGUUAGGACUGCUGCUACUGUAGGUGCGCGGCGGAAAGUUCCAGUUUCGAUGAGUGGGAAUAAGAAAAGGGUUCAAGUGGUGGAGCCCAUUCAAACUCAAAAUGUCGAUGCUCGGAAGGUGGCAGAAGCAGAGAAACGGUUGAAUGCGAUCCAAGUUCAGAAAGAUCGAUUGAAGGAUCGAGCGGACAAACUGAGUGGAAGUUUGAAUAAAACACGAGUUGAAUUGAAUGCUGCUCAACAGGAAAGAGGAAGGAUUCAACAGUUUUGGAGGAUCGCUGAGAAUGGAUUAGAUGAAGAACGAGAGAGAACAAGAGGAGUGGAAAGAACAAUGUUCGAUAUGAAGACCCAACAAGCAAAUCAAGUUCAACGUCUUCAACAAAAAAUUCGAAGUUUAGUAUUUCAUGCAAAAGUGAAUCGAAAUGCUGGAACUCAAUCUGAACCAAUUCCACCAACCGGAGGACUAGAAAGUGUGGAAUGCCAGACUUUGGAGGAAUUGACAAAAGAGAAGGCAGCGAACAUUUUGAGACAAUCUGAUGAUCUUCUUGUUGCAUUCAUCGCUGAAUUGGAAAAGGAUAAAUUGGAAGCACAAAGUGAUUUAAAGUAUGCAAUUGUGCAUUUGGAGCAGCGAAUGAAAGAAGAACAAGAGACACAAAUGGAGGCGAUGAAGGAAGAAAGAGAUAUCGAAAUUGAGGAAAUCGGAUUGAAACAUAUGGAACAAAUAAGAACAAUCGAAUCCGCGAACAACGAGCAAACCGCUAUGAUGCAAGGCAAAAUCGACUUUCUACAGGCAGAAAUCUCGAAUCUUCGAAAUAUGCGAGAUUCUUUGUCGGCUGAUUUGGUGGAUAGUCGGGAGAGACUUACAGAACAAGCUGCUCUUUUGGGGCAACAUCAAGCAAAUAUCGAUGAAAUGAGCAAGGAGAUUGCAAGACUUCAGGAUUACAAGAAAAGUUUCCAGCGCGACAUGCGAAACGUGGAAAAUAUGAGAAAAGAAGUGGAGAAAUACAAAGAACUCAACGAUAUCAUAAUGGGAGAAUUCGAGAAAAUCGAAAAAGAGCGAGACCAACUUUUGGGCGAAGUCGAGCGAAAUCUGGGACGGCUAGAAAUCAGCAAUCAACAAAAAUUCGAAAGGCUGGAAGAGCGAGGAAAGAAGUUGUAG